AUGCAUAGCCGCUGCUACUAUCACGGUUUUGAUGUUGAAAAUUCAGUAGAUGGUAGUAGUGGGUUAAGCAUCAAAGAGCGAAUCAACCACCAAAUCUGA